CUGCAAACGGAAUGACGUACAUCGAAAUCGACAAAAAUUUUGCGAAUGAUGGAACUUAUAAUAUCUGCCCAGAAAUUUUUGGAGAGUCAUACACUGGUUGCCAGUCUGCACAUGGUGGUCCUGGUUUCUGUGCUGGAGAAGGCGGCUACCAAACAGAUAUAACAGGUUCCCCAACAAUUGAAGACCCUCGUGUCACAAUCUGCUGCAACCCUCAUUAUGACAGCACAACAGUAUACACAAACGCAUCAGCAUUUUCGGAAUAUCUCAACGGAAAAGAAAUUGAGGUCCUAAACACAAUCGGUUGCGAUUUUACAACUGGCGAAAAACAAUUUAUAACUCUUACAAAAUUCAAAAGGAUGAGGAUAAAAAAUAUGAACGAUAAAACGCAGCUGGAUCCUUCUGACUUGUUACGUGUGAACGACCAAAAUACUGAAGAUUGGGUGAAAAGUCUUUCCUUAGACGGAGCAACGCUCGGAAAAUCGGAAUUCAAUAUCGAGACGGACGUUUUUAAAACGCAAAAAACUGAAGUUGUUAAAGCGUUUUCAUUUGUUAAAAACGAUGGAACAGGAGACAUGGUUACUGUAGCUUAUACUGACAUAUGAAAGUACAAUACACAGAGAAAAAUAAAAAUGGAUUCAUAAAAUUGCAAGUUAUAGAUGCCCAGUUAUAAAAACAAGAUAAUAUGACGGAAAGACAACAAAACCAGAUGUCUUUUUCAUCCCAGAAUAUAACACACUAAGACAGUGCUUCCCAACCAGUGGGUUGCAAAGCUAUUCAAGGUGGGCCGCGAAGAAUAUCUAAAUGUACAUACAGUUUUUGAUUAGAUCGGGAAAUUUUGGCUUUAUCAUCAACAAUUAUGAAACGAUGUAACAAUUAGAAUUAUGCGUCGAUAUCAGUCUUGAUCUGAUAUUAUCCAAUAUGCAAGAUGAAGUUUUGAAUUAAUAGUAAAUUGCACAUUGUUUCUUUUCUCCCUUAUUUCAAAAUUCUUGCAUUAUACA